GUCAACCUGGCUCGCGUUGGGUGGGAAACCCAGUCCGGCGUGGUAGUGCGGGUUUCCUCGGGGAAGAGCUGCUGCGGGGCCGACCAGCUUCGCGGCGCCAGGCUGAGGGCCACAGCCUCUGCUUCCCGGUUUCGGGGGUUGCCUCAGCUCAGCCCAAGCUUGCCUGUUGCCUUCUGGGGCAGGGAGGGGGGCUCCUGCCCUCAGAGCUACGGUGCUGGCGUGGCCCUGCCUAACGGGCUCAGCUCAGGGGACGGAGUGAGCCGAGGGCCGGGGCUUUCCUGAGCUGGCGCCGGGCCCGGCCAGGCCGCAGUUGCCCCAACCUGUGGGAGGCAAGAGCGCCACGCCCUGAUUAGUCUGGGUCCGCCGGGGCCGCCCCAGGUGACUGCGGCGGUCCGCGGGGGAUUUCGUCUGUGAGAACCACGACAGCACCACGUGUCCCGGGAACCUCCACCGGGGCGCCAGCCUUGGGAACCGGGGGGUUGCUCCCGUGAGGCCUGCCAGAGCCGGGCUUGGGGCAGUGCCCGGUGCCCCGCGGAGAACUGUGCAGAAACGCCCGUGGGACCGGCCGGCCGUGUUGGAAGGCCGCUCUUAGUUUUAGUAUAUGUGCUACUUAAGCAAGCAUACUGCCUAGAAUAUUUCUUAGAAGCUGAUCUUACUAAAAAUACCCUAUCUUCUAGAUGAAAUAUAAGAAAAGACAAGCAUGGAAAGUGAGAACACAAAGAAAAUACAAGAAAUGAAGACUGACCUGAAUUUACUGUUAGAAUGUCUGAAGUAUCACAUGGGCAACCCUUUGUCACAAAAGGAAGUUUUGAUCACUAUUCAUUCAGUUUGUCAACAAAACAGUGAUGCAGGUGUUUAUUUCCGGGAAAUUGGUGGUUUGAUGUUUGUAAAAAAUCUUGCAAAAUCAAGUGAGCAUAGCUUGGUAAAAGAAGCAGCCUUAUACACAUUAGGAUCUAUUGCAGAAGAAAAUGUUUACUGUCAGCAAACUUUGUGUACUUCAGAAUUAUUUCAAGAUUUAAUUUUGCUCUUAUCUAAUGAUGAUUCAAACACAAAUUUGAAAAGAAUGUCCAUCUAUGUUCUUUUGGUUCUGGUUUCAAAUAAUAGGAAUGGACAAACGCUUGUAAGAGAAACAGGUUGUAUUGAAGUUCUGUCACAGUUGUUCAGGACAGUUCUUUCAAAUUAUGAGUUGAAUUUGUCAGAUAAUAAUGUUUUCCAGAGUUAUCUGUUGUGGUCUUCAGUGUGUAGUACUCUGUGUGUCUGUGUCAACAAUCCUCAAAAUGAUGAGAAUCAAAUACUUUGUUGUUCACUUUUCCCAUAUGCUAAUGAAUGGCUAAUGAAUUGUAUGAAACCUGAGAUAAUUCGCCCUAUAUGCUCAUUUAUUGGACUUACUCUUGCAAAUAAUACACAUGUUCAGAACUGCUUUGUAUCUUCGGGUGGACUGGAUGUUUUGUCUCAAGUUCUUGUGCAACUGGAGUCUGAUUCACACAAUACUUUUUCCAGUGCUAAGCUUGCAGUGGUAGUGACAAAGACCGUGGAUGCAUGUAUUACUAAUAAUUUAGCUACCUUUUCAGUGGUGUUAUCCAAAUACCACAUUGUUUCAAAACUUCUGGCAUUACUGCUUCAUGAAAGUCUUGAUUCAGGAGAAAAAUUUAGCAUCAUACUUGCCAUUGGUCACUGCACAGAGGAUUGUGAGGAAAAUCAAUAUGAACUUUUAAAAAGCAAUGGGCUGCCACUAAUGAUACAAGCCUUAACUGAAUUUAAUAAUGAAGAACUAAACAAAGCUGCCACUUAUGUGCUUCAAAACUGCAAAACAAUUACUGAGAAAUUAUCUCUAAGUCUAGGAGAGAAUUCUUUUGAUGAAAAUGAAGCGGACCAACUAAAGGACAUAAAUGAAAAAGAGAAUCUUGAAGAGCACUGGAAAGCAGCAAAAGAAAUUAUAUGCAGAAUAAAACAAUUUGAAAGAGAAGGAAAAGAGGAGAAAUUACAAAGUGGACAAUAUAAGGAUAAUACCUCAUCUAUGAAAAUAAAAAUACAGAACACUUUGAAACAUCUCUGUGCAGAUAGUAUUGGAGGUACCAAAGCAGAAAAUAAGGAUACAAACCAGUCUAGACAGCAUCCUAGUUAUAAGUCCAGUGGAAUCAUAUCUAAAGCUUGUGCAAAUGAAAACCAACUGAAGACUCUGAAAAAGAACACAAAUCCCCUUAAUCCUUGCUAUAGGGAGAGAGGGCAGAGUAAGAGUUUACAUAAAGCCACUUCAAGCUGCACUCAAAUCUUAAAUGAAAAAAUGACCUUUAACCAAAAGGAUUCUGUUUCUCAAUCAAGUGACGAUGUUUUCAAACAUCCGACUCACACUGUCAAAAAUAGAAAGCAGCAGGUACCAGUAACAGAUCCAUUUACAUUGUGUUUAGACAUAAUAGAUAAAGAAGUUGGUUUUCAAGCAACUGACAAAAUGUUGAAUUAUAGGUGCUCAGGUUGCAUAGUGGUAAGAAAACUCAACAGCCGAAAUUUUAGCAAGCUUUUGCACUCUUGUGCAUACCAAUGUGAUCAUCAUAAAGUCAUUAUGGAAGCUGAAGAUAAAUAUAAAAGUGAACUAAGGAAAGGACUUAUCUGUGACAAAGAAAUUUUGCUGACCCCCCGUAGAAGAAGACAACUUAGUAAAGAAUCUACUGCCCCUGAAGGACUAAAACCUACUCAUCAAAAACCAGACAGUCAAAAACUUCCAGAUUUGGAGGAACAUGCCUGUAAUACCAACAUUCCAGAGGCUAAGGCAAGAAGAUUCCAAGUUCCAGGCCAGCAUGGACUACAUAAAAAAAGAAGAAUUCGUAAAAACUUUACCAAAGAAGAAGUAAAUUAUCUUUUCCAUGGAGUUAAAAAAAUGGGAAAUCAUUGGAAUUCAAUUUUGUGGUCUUUCCCCUUUCAACAAGGACGAAAGGCUGUAGAUCUUGCUCACAAAUACCACAAGCUGAUCAGAAGCCCCAACUGUGCAGCCAUAUGACUAGAGGAGAUUCAGUUUUUUGUUUUGACUUUUAAUUUAGAAUUUUUAGGAGAUACAAAAUGCUAAAUAUUCUAAACUCUUAAGAGACAAGAAAUGAUGAGAGUUUAAAUGAUUUUUGUGUUACAAACUCUUUAAAACAUUACAAUAAUUUAUAAGCAAAUUUAUUUUCAAUGUGAAAAUUAGAUAGAAUUUCUCCAUGAGGCCAAAUAUGUUGUGCCUUUACUUUUCCUUAUAGUCAAAGAACACAAAUCAGAAGAAAAAAAUUAGCAACCUUUAAACAUCAAUUAACAUUAUAUUGCCACAAAUAGUGUAUGAGACAUUUGCAUUUCACUAUUUUUGCCUAGUGCCAAUGUCCACUCUAGAACUCAGAAAAUUUCUCAAGCUGUUCAGCUAAGGCUCUCACUCAACAAAUAUUUGACAUUUGUUAAUUGAAAUGAUUCUUCUAAAGAUUAAUUACGAAGUUGUAUUAGCACUCUCAUAUUCUGUGAUCAAAUUCUUGUUUUGCUAUAUGUUUAUUUGCUUUGUUUAUUCAUUACAUUGUAUUGAUGUAUUGUGUCUAUGUGCAUGAGUGCCACAGGGCACAUGUGAAGGCCAGAGAAAACCACUUGCAGAAGUUAGUUUUUUCCUUCCACCAUGUGCAUCCUAGGGGUCAAACUCAGUUUGUCAGGCAAGGCAGCAAGUGCCUUUACCCACCAACCUAUCUUACUGGUUGCUUUAGUUGUUUUACAGUGUCUUUCAUUUCCUCUUCCUGUCCUUCCACAUCUUUUUUCCCUCAUGUUAAUGAGCCUCAGUUACUUCAUGCUGUAGCUCUCAAGAGCUUAAUCGCUGCUGGACAUAUUAUUAUCUAUUUGUAAUGUAUGGCCUUAGAAGGGGCUCAACUUCUCUCAUAUACCCAGUUUUAUGAACCUGAUUUUGAUGUCUUUUUACGUUCUGUGUGACCAGUUUUCCAAUAAUAGCUAAUAUAGUUAUACCUUUUACGUUAUUUUCAAAUAACUCUAUCCUGUUGGGUUUGUUUGUGAUAUGAUUUUUUUGUAACCCAGACUGGCUUUAUACUCACUAUAUAUCCUAGAAUGGCUGCCUUUGUUUUUGUUUCAGAGAUCUGGGGCUUGAACCUAGAACAUUGUGUUUGCUGGUCAAGUGUUCUCCCACUGAGUUACAGCCCCAGCCCUAGUUUUGUUUUUGAGACAGUAUCUCACUAUGCAGCCCAGGCUGGUUUUGAACUCAUUAUCCCCCUGCCUUAGCUUCCCAAGUAUUGGGAUCAUAGGUUUCUGCCACCAAGCCCAGUUUGUGGGAUGCUAGGAAUGCAUCCCUACACCAGCACUGUUAACUGAGUGGUAUCUCCAGCUCAUGGUUAUGUUUUUGUUAAACCUUACUAUAAGACUGUAAGAGCUCCUAUUAAAUUUCUCAUUUUGUUAGA